AUGCGCACGCAUGGUGAAUUUGAAUGGCUUUUCAGCUCACUAGCGGAGAACCCCAAGUACUGGGGAUUUAUCAUACCGCGCACAGUCGUUCGCCACGAACUCUUCUUGAAACGAAUAGUGGAGCAUCCAACACUCAGCGCUGAUGGCGAUUUGCAAUUAUUUUUGACGUUUCCAGGUCAAUUAGAAGUUCCCCAGCAGAAGAGUUCUAUUUAUUUUGAAAAUUUAACACGAAUUCAAAUAGAGCUCUUUUUAGUCUUCAGGAAAGCUUUUGAAUUUCUUCAAAGCAAUUUACAAAACUGA